GAGUUGAAUAACACAGGGUAUUUGUGGUAGAAGUAAAUUUUCACAAUAUUUUUAUUUUUUAAACAUAUACUGAUACACUGUAUCAUAGUUGUGUUAACCAUAUUGAUGGUAUAUUUCAUUGCCACUGGGAUACACAUCUAAAUCAGAGACUUGUAUAACCAAGUUAGUAUAUAGAUCUCUGACUAAAUGAAUGUUAUUCCCUAUAAAUAGCCAUCCCAGCAUAAUAACAGAACAUCAGCCGUACUUCUCGUGUGUUGAUACUACACCCGGCACUGUCGCCUUCUUAGUCGCGUGACCAUUUAUCAGAUUAGAUCACGGGACACGGUGGGCGGCUAUUCACCUAAAUAAGACGACAGAGGAGAAAAGAAGAGGAUUAACACACGAUGGCUGGAACUGUAUACAACCCGCAAUUGCCUUACCUAGGCGGGAUACCAGGUGGUGUCCACGAUGGCACCCAGAUCAACAUUCAAGGUACACCUCAUCCCCAUCAUCAUCAAAACAUGUUCACUGUUAACUUGAAAUGUGGUGCUAGUUUGGAUCCUACGGUGAACACUGCCCUCCAUUUUAACGUACGCUUUAACGAGGGUUGCGUGGUAAGGAAUAACUGUCAACAUGGUUCGUGGGGCAGUGAGGAAAGGCAUGGAGGAAACCCCUUCCAGCGUAACGUGCCAUUCGACAUAUCUAUUCACAUCAAACAUAACCACAUCAAGAUAUCUGUGAACGGACGCCAUUUUUGUGACUUCAACCACCGUAUCCAAAUGCACCAUAUCAACACGCUUCACAUUGAUGGAGGUGUGGGGAUAAAUAGCAUCAGUUUUGGGGGUAAAGGUCACGGAGGUCAUGGCCAGCAUCACGGACACGGGGGUGGAUUCCCCCAGCCGGGUUUUCCGCCAGCAGCCGCCUCGUUCGGGCCUCCAGCUGGGAGCAUGAUGCCUGGUCAACCUAUGUAUAACCCACCUGUUCCCUUGACGACGUCGAUCCCAGGCGGGAUGACGCCAGGGAAGAUGGUCUGCAUUAGCGGUAUCCCCCACAGUGUUUGUCAGAGGUUCACAAUCAACCUUCAGUGUGGGCCGAUGACUGGCGAGGACAUUGCUCUCCACUUUGACGUUAGGAUGCAACUUCCGGGAGACAGCCAACAGGUCAUCCGGAACUCCUGUAUGGGAGGUGGCUGGGGAGGAGAGGAAAGACAAGUCCCCUAUUUCCCCUUCCAGCCCAAUGCAAACUUCGAUAUCAUGAUAAUGGCGGAGCAGGGCAAGUUCAAGAUUGCCGUGAAUAAUCAACACUUCGCGGAAUUCCACCAUCGUCUGCGACCAUUGAACCGUAUCAACACGCUCAACGCUUCAGGUGAUAUCAGACUCACCCAAGUGCGCUUCCAGUGAGCCAAUACCAUUGGUUGAACGGCCAACGACCGAGAGGAAGGCUGUUGUUGAUUGGUUCGGACUGAUUGACGAUUAAUUCAAGUGUAUUAAAUGCAAACUUGAAAAUUACAUAAGCGAAGAUUCCAUGAAUGAUUUUUGUAAUUUAUAUUUUUUUUUCUGGUGCAAUUAUUUUUGAUAAUACUGCAUUUGUCGGUGCUGUAUUUUUCAAAGGCUUCCAUUCUGUUGUUUUUGUUGAUUUAAAUGCAAUAAAAUUAUAUACAUGACAACCA